AUACACACCCAGAAGGGUAAUGCCUCAACACAGCAGUAUGUGGUUCUUAGUAGUGGCUGAGUUAGCUGUGAGUAUUUUAUGAAAGAUUAAGUGAAAGUUAUAGCGCUCACAUCAUGUCUCAAGGGAUAACACAUGUUUUGGAGGAGUGGAAAUGUCUGGAUGAGGAAUAUCAAAGGCUUCAGGAGACACACAAAAAGUACUUACAGAAACUGGAUGAUAUUUCCAAACUACAAAACAACUGCUCCACCUCUAUUUCCCGUCAGCAAAAAAAACUGAAGGAGAUAACCCACCUAGUGAAACAAUACAGCAAAGUACCAUCAGAAGAAGAUGCUAAAAACCUGCAUGAAAUAACAGAGAAAAUAAAGACACGACCAAAUGCCUUCUUUGAAAUGGAAGCAUUUCUUCCCAAGAAAAACGGAUUGUACCUGAGCCUAGUUCUUGGAAAUGUCAAUGUCACUCUUUUAAGCAAGCAGUCGAAAUUUGCCUACAAAGACGAAUAUGAGAAGUUCAAGCUAUACACCGCUGUCACCCUGGUGCUGUUCUCCUUCAUAUGCUUCUUCUUUGUUAACUACAGAGUUGUCGACGCACUGCUCAACUUCCUGCUGGUGUGGUACUAUUGUACAUUAACCAUACGAGAAAGCAUCCUCAUCACUAAUGGAUCCCGAAUCAAAGGCUGGUGGGUCUUUCAUCACUACAUCUCAGCUUUUCUGUCUGGUGUAAUGUUGACAUGGCCAGAUGGAAACCUGUACCAGACAUUUAGAAACCAGUUCCUUGCAUACUGCUUGUAUCAAAGUUUUGUUCAGUGUCUGCAGUGCUAUUAUCAGAGUGGAUGUCUGUACAGACUACGAGCCCUGGGAGAAAGACACAACAUGGACCUGACCGUGGAGGGGUUUCAGUCCUGGAUGUGGAAAGGGCUGACGUUUCUUUUACCUUUCCUCUUUUUUGGUCAUUUCUGGCAGCUUUGCAAUGGCCUCACCCUCUUCAGGAUGGCUCAGCUGUCAGACUGGAAGGAAUGGCAGGUCUUGAUGUGUAGUCUCUGCUUCCUAGUUCUGUUUAUGGGAAACUUCUUCACAACUGUGGCCGUGGUUCGUCAAAAAAUCAAAACCCGUAAUCCAAAACCAAAGAGUCUAUGAUUAAUUCAUCAAAAAUGGAAAAACCCUGCCUGUUGCCUCACACGCUGCACGUCAGACGAAGGGUUACGUCAUCAUAACUGCUGUCAUUUAGAACAUUGUUUUUCAUAGUAAAUGAUGAAAUCAGACAAGAUGAAUAUAACUGGCUUUCAUCAUAAUAAUCUAAUUUCUGUACAAUGCCUCUUGUUGUUGUCUUGGCUUUACUAUUAAAAUUACUGUCACAGGAAAGACAAAAAACAUUAAAAACUGACUCAAUAAAGUUUAUCUUUUUACUGA